AUGACACUUCCUCCUCUCCAACCCCAACUCCCCACGCCCCCCAUCCUCGCCAAUCUCCUCCUCAACACUGAGAACCGGAAACCCAUCCAAAAUCUCUUGAAUCCGAUCAAAAAGCCUCCAAAUCCUCAUCACCACCCUCAUCGCGCGGGAGAUUUCUUCCCGAUCCGUUUCCGUAACAUUGACAAAUUUUGGGACGGGAAAAUUCUCCGGGUUUGGUUGGUGGGGAGACAGAGUCCUGAGGAGUGGUUUGAGGAUUUGCAGGAUUGGCGACAGGGGAGCAUGGGGAGGAGGGAUUGGCGAGGGAGGGGGGUGGUGAGUUUCAUGGUUGAUGGACGAAUUGGGUGGGAUAUUGGGAGUCUGUGGGGUGGUUGA